AUGCUCAACGAAAGUCCCACCAUGGAGUCUUCCGAUGCUUCUUCAUCUUCCUCCUCCCCUGGGGAUGAGCAGGUAUCCAUAACAACGGCUACAAACAAAUCUACCCGAUCCAACUUGGUCCUCCUGGUGUGUGUCGCCGCCGCUACGGCUGCCACAUUAGGCUAUGACGUUGGUAUCAUGGCGGGUGCCAUUCAACCAUUGGAAGAUCAAUUCCAGUUGACUGGCGUACAAAAAGAAAUCGCCAUGGGGAGUCUCAACUUUGUGGCGGCGUUCGGGGCCUUCCUGGGAGGGCACGUUGUGGACGGUGGCACAUAUGGGGUGCUGCUGACGGGCCGAAUCAUUACUGGAUUGGGCGUGGGAGUUGCGUUUGUCACGGCACCCUGUUACAUUACCGAAGUGGCACCCGCCGAGUCUCGCGGACAGCUCAAUACCGUCUUUGAUAUCAGUAUCAACGGCGGGAUUCUGGUGGGCUACAUUCCAGGAUUCUUGGUACAACUAGUCCUGCCCGAUAACUGGAGACUCAUGUUGGCAUGUGGUGCCAUUCUACCGGAGAUGCCGGAUCAGUUCUCCCUCAUGACUUGGGAAACAGGCAGUCCUCGGGAAACACAACAAAUACUGCAAGGUGUGCAAGAGGAACUCUCGCGUGAACAACAGCAACAACAGGAGCAACCAUCCAACAAGUCCUGCUGGAAGCUGAGCCAUGGACAACGCUAUGCGAUUCAGCUAGGAUUCUGGCAACAGCUUACGGGAACGGAAGCCGUCUUUACUACAGCGCGGAUUAUCUUGAAAGUGCCGGUCUCCAAAUGUUGGGUUGGGACCUUUUACGUUCUUGUCAGCAUCCGAAAUCUCUCCAUGUCUGAACGAGCGGCUGGAAUGACCUAUUGCUCGGCUUCCAAUCGCCUCACUGCUGGAACUGUCGCCAUGACAGCUGUCACAUUGAGUGGCAUUCUUGGAGAUGCUGGCCUCUUUGGUCUCUAUGCUAGGGCAGGAUUCUUAUCGCUAUUCUUUUGUGCAUUUGUUCCAGAGAUGGCAGGACUAUCUCUGGAGGAACUAUCCGCAGCCCGUGGCAGGAAUGAUGACGGCGCGACACCGGUAGAAACAAGAGAGAUGGAAACAUUUCGACGCUUCGAGAGUGGUGAAAUGGCUUAG